AAUGUUGCUCACAAGACGCUGAUCAACUCAGCACCACUUUCAGGGAAGUAGCUAUUUUACAAUAUGCUUUUAGAUCUGUAACUUUUAGCUUAUCAUUUGAAGGGAGACCUACAUACUAACUUGAAUAACGAAAUUGUAGACACGGCGAUUAUGUUGGUUCAUGCAGGAGGACGAUGAAGAGACUGCUUUGGCAAAUUGCGUCAGUGUGCCUUCUGUUGUUACUGUGUUGGCACCCUACUAAAUAUGCUGAGUGCACCAAACAGCCCCCAGAGGCUCAGAGCCUGCAUGUACCUGCCCAUGACAGCAGUUCGGAGGAAGAACCAGUCGAAACGUCCCAUUACAAGGGUGCUGUUCAGAUAGAUCAAUGCUUGGGGGAUGUCCAGCCAUUGUCAGAAGACAAGGUGGAAACUCAGCAAAAGGUGCUAGUCUUAGCAGAGGAGGAGCUGCAGAAUCCAGUAACUGAGGUGGAGGGCAUAGAGCGUGUCCAGACAAAUGACCUGGAGGAUUCGGCAACACAGAGUGAUUUACAAAGAAUAAAUGGACCAGAGGCUGGGCCGGACACAACAGCACCAGAGGCUGGGCCGGACACAACAGCACCAGAGGCUGGGCCAGUGGAUGACCAGCCACCUCUAGAUGUAACCAAAGAGGAGCAGCCAACCCCCCCAUUUGAACAAUCCCCUCAGCCCUCUGCUCCUGCUCUAGACUCCAUCUCUGUUGACCCCUCCAGAAUCCUUGGCUCAGUUUCUGGUGUGGUAGAGGAAACGCAUGUUCCAGUGGCAGACCCGAGUGAUUCUGAUCUGGCCCUUAAUGACUGUGAAGAUUCAGAAACCAACCCCUUUGAUAGCACUCUCCCCAGUCUUCCUAUUGUCCUGGAAAACGCAUCUAAUGUCCUGGGAAAGGGCACCAAGACUGACAUGGACUCUCCCCUGUCUCAGGCCGGUCAGAGCUCAGUGGGGCUGGCCCCGGGCGUCAACACGUCCCACAUGCUCAAAGAGCAGGACUUAAGCUCACACAGUGCCCCAGAGACAGACCCUUCCGUGGCAGCCAAGGAUGCUGAGGACAUCCCCACCUUUGAUGAGUGGAAGAAGAAAAUGAUGGAGGUCGAGAAAGAGAGAACUCAGGCGUCUCACACCUCCACCGUCAGUGGUUCCAACACUGUGAAGAAGAUGUUCAACAAUUACGCCUCACUGGAUUGUGGGGCCAAGAUCCUGGGUUCUAACCCGGAGGCUAAGAGCGCUGCGGCCAUUUUAAUGGAGAGCAAGGAUCAUUACAUGUUAAACCCCUGCAGCAACAAGAUCUGGUUCAUCAUUGAGCUGUGUGAUCCCAUCCAGGUGAAACAGUUGGACAUUGCUAAUUUUGAGCUGUUCUCCUCCACACCCAAAGACUUCCUGGUCUCCAUUAGUAACAGGUAUCCACCCAUCAAGUGGGUGAAGCUAGGGAUAUUUCAUGCUCGGGAUGAACGCACUAUUCAGACGUUCCCCCUGGACAAGCAGCUAUAUGCCAAAUAUGUCAAGAUGUUCUUCAAGUACAUAAAGGUGGAGCUGAUCUCACACUAUGGAUCUGAACAUUUCUGCCCUCUCAGCCUCAUAAGGGUGUUUGGUACCAGUAUGGUGGAGGAGUAUGAGGAGAUUGCUGACCCCCACGACCGACCAGAUGACCUGGAUGAUGACCUUGAUUAUCCUCGUGGUCAUGUUCCUACUGAGUACAAGGCUUCAAAGAACCUCAUAGGAUCAGCCAGAGAAGCCAUUCUGAACAUGGUGAACAACAUUAAGGUCAACGUGCUGGGUGAACCGCCAGGAGAGGGGAACUUCUCAGGCCAGGCAAUGAACGUGACUACCAUGACACCAUCCAGUCCAGAUGCCACCUCUACCCUCAGUCCUGUGCCUGAUGAUGUGGAGCUACCUCAGGUACCAGAAGACCCUGAAGUCACAACCACAGACGACCCCAAAUCAGAACACCCUACUACAGACACCUCUUCCAGGGAGGGACCAAAACAAGGACCCUCUGCCCCAGACACCCCUGCCUCAGACGAAACCAAACUAAAGAAUCUAGCCGAGGAGGACAUCAUAUAUCCUAAGGAGGAGGAGGAGGUCCAGUCCAUCGUUACAGUGCUUGAGGCAGAAGAGGAGGAAGAGGAAAGGAGGGAGAGAGAGGAGCACCCUGGCCUACAGCAAGAAAGCCUUGACUACUGUGACCUGUCCUCCUCUCCUUGCUCCUGCGCAGCCUCCCUCCAGGAUUACCUCCUCCACCACUGCUCUGUUCAUAGGAAAUGCACCAGUCAGGAGCGAGAGAUGGAGGCACCCCCGGCUACCACCCCGUCACAGCAGCCCAUCCCCCCCACGGCCACCCAGACCCCCCAUCAGCCCCAGGAUCCCAGGGAAGAGAGCCAGGAGAGGGAGCCCAGUUCUGCCCUUAGCGAGAGGGGAACGAGGCACGCUGAUCACCCACCACACCUCCCAUGGGUUGAGACUGAGCCUGUGGAAGAUCCCAGUUCGGAGCAGCCUCUCCUGGAGCCCAGCCAGACCCCCUGCAUGCCCACACACAGCUCAACCGUCACCCCCAACACCUCCACCAGGCCCACCCCCACCGUGGACCUCCCACACCCCACCUCCUCUCAAGGCCUGCCCGGGCAGUUACCAUCGGUGGCAGAGAAGGGCCUGGAGGAGCGGAAUGAGGAGAACCGUUGGCCCGCUAUCUCCAGCGCUGCCACCAGUGACCCCGUGGAGCCGAGCUGGGGAGCCUCUACAGACGAAAGGCCCUGUCUGGAAGUCCAGACCGCAGACAACCCCCAGGCCGUGAACACUGCCCCCGUGUCCGCCCCCCUCCCCGCGGUCUCCGUCCCCCCAGAGCAGCUGCAACCUCCAACCCCCCCACCCGAACCAGAGAGUGCCGCUGACAGCUCUACUCCCGAGGAGUCCCGCUCCGUCCCCGUGGCUGUUCCCACCGGGCCCCGGUCGCCCGGCCAGGCCGCCUCCGCCGAACCCGGGGCGGAGACGGAGCUCGUGGAGGACGUCCUCUUCACGUCGUCCCUGAAUGUCGCCGAGCAGCAGCUGACCCUCCCGGCGUCUGCCCAGCCCUCCCCCUCUCCCUCGGAUUUCUACGCCGAGCUCCACAACCCCGCUGAGCAGGGGAACCCCAUGCACGGCUCCGCCAGCCAGAAGGAGUCUGUGUUCAUGAGGCUCAACAACCGCAUCAAGGCCCUGGAGAUGAACAUGUCGCUGAGUGGACGGUACCUGGAGCAGCUGAGCCAGAGGUACCGAAGGCAGAUGGAAGAGAUGCAGAGGGCAUUCAACAAAACGGUCCUCAAACUGCAGCACACGUCCAGGAUGGCAGAGGAGCAGGACCUGAGACAGACUGAGUCCAUCCAGUCGUUACAGGGCCAGCUAGAAGACGUCACCGUUCUGGUGCUCAACCUGUCCGUCAGAGUGGCCCAGCUACAGAGCCAGGUGUCUGACAGGCAGAGCUACCUCCUGCUCAGCCUGCUGCUGUGUGUGUUCCUGGGCGCGUUGCUGUUUGUCCAGCGCUGUCGGAGGUCAGCCAUGGAGCCUCCCACCACGCGUCCUCCCCUACCCAGGAGCUACAGCUACUGCUGCCCACAGAGGCAUUCAUUGGAGUAUAAAGACAUGAGCUUGAAGAGACCAGCAUCAUAUCCUCUCCUGCACUCGGAGUCCCUCCAGUUACCCGCCACCACUGAAGGUCCAGAGUUACCGCACAUGGCUGAACCGCUGAAGUGUCCACCUGCUAAUAAAAAGAAGAAACGUGGUCCAAUCAAGGCGCUGGAGACUGUGAGGGGCGCUGCUCUCAGUGCCCCUCCUCUUGCCAACGGAGCCCCUGUUUGUAACGGUCGGGCCCCCCGCGGCCCCACAGAUCCCACAGCCCCCAAGAGGUACCUCAGCCUCCCUGCCUUCCGGGACCCGUCCUCCGAAGGGAGCUCGGACGGCUCCUCACAGCUGGAGGAGCCCUCCUUCUGCGGCCUGGCCGCUGCCUCCUGCACGCGCCUCUGCGACGCCCCGCCCCUGCCCUGCAAGGCUGGGAAGCGCUCAUUUAGGCGGCGCAGCUCCAAGCCCGGGUUGGUGGUGGUGGAUCUCCUUCAGGCUCCGCAGCGGGACAGGAGCGCGGUUACGCCCCCCAUCCCCACCCUACAGCACCUUGUCGGGGGGAAGGAGCUCUCGGCGGGGACACUGGGAGUAACGGCGCUCUGAGGUCUGGUUUGACCUCCGCUGAACUCUUCGCCGGUCUGCUCCUCUUGCACACAGACUGUGGAGCACUUAGCCCCUGAACGCGGGGCUCAUGUUAUCCCUGCAUACACAGGGGGCUUUAAACUGGGAAUCAGGAAUUCCCCAAUCACAGUCCCUCUUCCUCCUCCUCUGUCUGUAUGUUCUUGCCAUGUUCUUUUUCUGCUUUGAAGUAUGAUUGAACAAAUGUGUUUUCCAACUGUCCAACAGAAGGUAAAUAGUGCUAUGCACUAUGUAACAAUAAAACCUGAAAAUCAAACCUGACCUCAAUGGAACAAUGCUAAAACUAAUAACAUUCCUUGUGGGGAUGUGAUGUUUUUAUUUUUAUUUAAUUUUUUCAGUUUGCUGAGUGACCUCUGUCCUGGUCUUUGGCUAGUUCUGGCCACACUAAGUUAUUAGGUACAGCAUUGUCUUCCUGUAUCAACAGUGGCUGUCAUUGUUUGAAAGUUGAAUACUGAAGUCUUGUUGGUUUUCAAGACAACCUAGAUCUGAUGGUUGUGCUGGAUUGUGUUGAAUAUAUCUAGUAGCAGCCAUCAGAGAAUAUUUGUACCUGUUGAUUUUAGAAUAAAAACUCCCUUGAUUAAUAAGCCCUGUGACACUUUGGUGGAAAAUGACAAAAGCAUGAUUUUAUGCACUGCAAACAAUGUCUUAAUAUGUAAAUGUAACUAUAUUUGAGGAGAUAUUUGCUUGAAAUAAGUGAAAUAAUCUGCCAAUGGAACAAGACAAAUUACUUGAUAUUCAAGGCAUAUUUUCUAAAACCAUGCGGUUUUAUCUAAUACAGCUUUAGCUUGUUAAGAAAUAAUACCUUAUUUUAAGGAUGGUUGGAUGAGACAUCUUUUUUGUUUUGCAGUGUCAUCUGAUAAUGUUGCCAUCAUCUCAGUUACAUAUACACUUUGUAAAGGUGCUGAUUAGUCAAAAUCAUGUUUAGCAGCCGAUUAGAUUAUAUUUGCUGGAAAAGAAACUUCAACGACCAAUGUGUGAACUAUGGCUGCUGUCUGGUAGAUGGGUAAAAUUAGAAAACUAAUGGUUUGCUGUGUCAGUCCAGAAAGCCUUGUCUCCCGACCGGACCAUGCACCCUCUUCAUAAUCCACAAUAAAGAUUCAAGUGCUUAACAGCUUUUAGUGAAGUUUAAAUGCAGCAUGAAGAAAUAAAGGAAAAUGGUCUGA